AUGCAGUUCACAUUCUCCAUCCUCCCGGCCCUCCUCCUCCUCCUCCCCCUUGUGUCCACCAUCGCCCUCCCCCAGGAGGAAGUCACCUGCUACGACAAAUGCGUCGCCUCCGCCGAGUGCCCCGACACCUACCCCGAGAGCUGCUACUGCCUCAACGACUACAAGACCAAGUGCGCCGAGGCCUGCCCCCGCGACGGCGUCGUUCCGGUUCUUGACGCUUGUGAUAAGCCGGAGGUUGUCGAGUGCUACAACAAGUGCAUGAGCCAGUGGGCAUGUAUUCAGGUCUGGCCGCAGAGCUGCUAUUGCCACAACGACAAUGUAAAGCUCUGUUCGAGCAAGUGCGGGAGCACCCCGGUGUACCAGAACUGUACUCUGAGUGCUGUUUAG